AUGAUAGGAUUUAAUAGAUUUAGAAAUAAACUUAAAGGUGUUAACUCACCACCUAUUAAGAGGGAGCCUAUAUUACCUUCCUCACCAACCAUCAUAAAUCAACAACAUACAACAUUGACUAGAAAAUCAAUGUUGUUAUCAAAAAGAAUUGUAAUAUUUGGUAUUAGAGGUGACUUUUUAUCAAAUUUAUUGGUUACAGUUUUAGCACAAUAUGAAUGUUUAGUUACUUUAGUAUUUUUAACACAAUCAAAUAGUAAUAAAGAUAAUAAUAAUAAUAAUAAUAAUAAUAAUAAUAAUAAUAAUAAUAAUAAUAAUAAUAAUAAUAAUAAUAAUAAUAAUAAUAAUAGUAAUAAUAAUAUAACAACAUUAGAGAUACUACAAGAAGAAUCUGAAAAAAUUGAUGAAAUAGUUAAAGAGAAUGACGUAAUUAUAGCUUGUUUCGAAUGGAGUGAAUUUAGGACAAUUUAUGAUCAAGUUAAAGUAAUAUCAAAUUCUUGUAAAAAUAUAAAAAGUAAUAGUACAAAUGAUAAUGAAAAUAAUAAUGAUAGUAAUAAUAGUAAUAGUAGUAGUAGUGUUAGUAGUAACAAUGAAUCAUCAAAUGAAAAUAAAAAAAGUAAAAAUUUAAUAGAUAAACAAAUUAUGGUAGUAUUUCCAAUUGGUGUUGAAGAUAUGGAAUAUAGUUUAGAGAAUACAUCAAUCGAGUCUAUAUUUGACCCAUUACCUGUAACUUUUAUAUUUUAUUCAGCAUUAAUGCAAUGGUUAUUUGUUGGACCACCUUCAAUCAGUCAACCUCAUCUUCAAUUGGUCCUUAGUAAAACAACAGAGGGUUGUUAUUGGUUAGACUGUGAUGAUUUAAUAAAAGCAAUUGUCGAAUUAAUUAUUCAGAUUGAUUUAAGUGGAGCAACUAAAAUGUAUGUUUUAACUGGUAAAGAAUGUUUAACAUGUGGAGAGAUUUCUAAUAUUUUAUAUAAUGAGUGUAGUAUUAUUGUUGAUGAUUAUGUAGAGGAUAUUACUUUUUUAAAGUCUAGCAAUUCUCUUUCUUCUGGUGGUGUUGUUGGUGCUUCUUCAAAUCCUACUUCUUCAAAUGGUGCUAAUGUUAUUACUACCACUACUAUUGCUGUUGCUGGAUCUACUUCUUUUGUUUCUGAUAGCACAAGUAAUUUAGCGGUAAAUGAUAAAGAUGAUGAUAAUAAUAAUAAUAAUAGUAACAUUAUUAAUGAUAAUAAUAGUAUUGAUCAAAUUACAGCAGGUAAAAUUUUACAAAAGAAAUUUUUUACAUAUCUUCAAUCACCAAUAUCGACAGUGGGUUCGCCAUCCACUGAAGAGAUUAUAAAACAGCAACCAAAUUCAUUUACAAGUUUUAUUUCAAAAUGUAAAGAAUCUCAAUUAUUUACUAUUAAACCAUCAAGAUCAAAUUCAUUAUCAGGUAAUGGUGUUGGUAAUAAUAAUAAUAAUAAUAAUAAUAAUAAUAAUAAUAAUAAUAUUAAUAAUAAUAAUAAUAAUAAUAAUAAUAAUAAUAAUAAUAAUAAUAAUAAUAAUAAAUUAAAUAAAACAUUACCAAUAAAUUUAUCUGCUUCAACACCUAUACCAAUGACAUCACCAUCAUCUCCAACAAUGUCUUCUUCAACACCUACUUUACCUUCUUUGUCAUCUUCUCAAAAUAUACCAAUAAUAAAUGGAAAUGAUAAUAAUUGUAUAACACCAUCAAAACAGUUAACAACACCAACACCAGCAUCCACACCACCACCAUUAUCACCAACCACAACAUCAACAUCUCCAUCUACAACAGUACCAUCAUUAACAACAACCACAACAACCUCAACUUCAACAUCAUCAUCAUCUUCGUCAUCAUCAUCUUCUUCUUCAUAUAGAUUUGUAUUCAACCCAUUUAACAUAAUAAAGUAUUCAAAAGAUUUUAUAGAAGAAACACUUUAUAAAUCACCAACACCAUCUGUAAAUCAACCAAAAAAGUCUGCACAAGAAUUAGAAACUCAACAAUAUAUAUCACUACUUACAUCUGGUUUUAAAAAAUCAUUUGAAACUGAGAUUAACAGUAGUAUUUCAAUUACUUCUACAAAUGAAACUGGUGGUGGUGGAGGUGGUGGUGGCGAUACACAACCUAUAUUAUCAAACUCUCAAUCCUUACCUUCAUCGCCAUCCAAAAGGGCAUCACCACAUAUAGAGUUUACAAAUGAAGAGUUUGAAUCAACUAUUGAUAUUCAAAUUGAAUUAGUUGAUGAAGAACAAAAUCAAAUCCAAGAGCAGCAACAACAACAACAAUCUAAAACUGUAACUUCAUCUACAACUUCAACAGAAACCACAACAACUGUGGAAUCUUCAACUACUUCAACUACAAUUACAACUUCAACUUCAACACCAAUACCAACAACAAUAACAACAACACCAACAACACCAAUAAAUAGCGAUAAUAGUUGGACAUUUACAUCAUUUUCACCAAAAGUUUUUAAAGAAAUUAGAAGAUAUUAUGGAGUGGAUGAAGAAUUUUUGAAGAGUCAAGAAAAUUCAAGUGGUAUAGUUAAAUUUUUAGAAGUUCAAACCAUUGGAAGAAGUGGUAGUUUUUUUUAUAAAUCUCAAGAUAGUAAAUACUUUAUAAAAACCAUACCGUCCAAUGAAUACGAUACAUUUGUAAAGAUAUUCCCCUCUUAUUAUCAUCACACAAUAUCCUAUCCAAAUACUCUAUUACCUAGAUUUUUUGGAAUGUAUAGAUUAAAAGGAAAAUUAAAAUUUGGUAAUAAUUCCAAUGUUAGCUAUUAUACCAGUACCCAUAGAGAUAUUAUUUUCGUUGUAAUGGCAAAUUUAUUCUACAAUAAACAGAAAUUAGAAAUUAGAGAGAAAUAUGAUUUAAAAGGUUCAACAGUUGGUAGAUAUGUUGAUGUUAAUUUAAUUCAACAACAAUUUCAACAACAACAGCAAUUACAACAACAACAACAACUACAACAACAAGAAAAUGAAAAUAUAACGAUAUCACCACAAUCAACAACAACAACCACAACAACUACAACAACAGAAGUAUCAACAAUAAUAACUACAACACCAGCAUCCCCACAAACAACAACAGCAACAGCUACAACAUUUGAUAUACAAGAUUUAACAUUUAAAGAUUUAAAUUUAAAGAGGAAAAUUCAUUUAGGAGCAUUAAGAAAAGCAUUUAUAACUCAAUUGAAAAUAGAUUCAGAAUGGAUGAAUAGUCAUGGUAUUUGUGAUUACAGCCUAUUGGUUGGAUUACAUAUUAGCGAUAAAAAGGGUAUACAAUUAUUGAAAACCAAUAGCCUAAAGAGUAAUAGUGGUAAAAAAGAAGAUAUAUCAUUCUUUAAAAAGGAUUGUAAUGGUGUUGCUUCUUCGAUUUCUGAGCUUGGUAAUACAAGAAUCAUUCAUCCAUUAUCAACUCUCAAUGGUAAUAGAGGGCGUUCGUUAUCAUGUUCAAGUACAUCAGAUAAUGAUACAUCACCAACAAGAACAAAUCUUAAUAGUGUUGUUGGAGAUAAUAGUGGAGGAGGAGGAGGGGGAGGAAAUAAUAGCCCACCCACCCACAAUAGCAUUCAACCAAACAAGCAGUCUUUAUCAACUUCAAAUACAAAUAAUAGUUUAAGUAGUACCACCAAUACUAUUGAUGAAGAUGAAGAAGGAAUUAUUUACUAUUUAGGUUUAAUUGAUAUUCUUACAACUUAUAAUUUAAAAAAACGUGGUGAAAAUGCUGUAAAAGGUUUAUUAUUUGAUAGAACACAAAUUUCAGCAAUUAAUCCCAAAGAUUACCAAAUUAGGUUUAUAAAAUAUAUUGAAUCAAUUUUUGAUUAA